AUGAUGAAUCAGCCACCCGUAGAUUUGCCUGAGCCUGCCACUCCGCCGAGUGUUCUCAACGAGUCCGCCAAGGUGUUAGCCGUGUGUCCACAGUGGACGCUGCAGCAACAGAACGAAGUUCUCGCCGCCAAGCCAGACUUGUCUGAGGAUCGACCGGAGGAAGAGCUUAUGAAGGUGAUUGACAAGGUUCAUCGUAAUCUAGACGUGUCACCAGAGGCCUCUCCACCAAGUGAGAAGCCCAGGGCCUCUAGUGUUGAUGUUCCUAUGGAGCCAACUGCUGAGACCAAUGUCGGGUCAAAUGAUCAACCAGACAAGUCUCCAGUUCCUCUAGAGGAAAGAAAUUCCCCUGAUCAAGCGAUGCCAGAGCCUGCAGCCGCCUCGACAUCAGGUCCAAUGGUUGAGCCUCAUGAUGAGUCCACCUAUGGGCCCAUGAGACGGGUACCGUCGAAGAACGGUCCGGCAUCCCUGUACAGACCACCGACGAUGCGCGAACAGGACUUUGUGGACAUGAUGCGUGAGGUUGUUCCACGUUUGAUUGAACAGGCCACUCAGUCCAUUGGGAUGGCCCUGACACCAGCGGAAACCAUGGAACUGCAGCGCCUGCUGGCGAAGGCAAAAUCCCGACCGAUGCCGAAUCUCAACAGUGAUGGAGAAGAGUUUGCGAUCUAUGAUCCACACACUGGCUUGUUUACCAACCCGGAGACCGGAGAUGUCAUGGAUGUGUGGAGUGCUGCUGAGGAGCAGCAUGGGGGCGCGAUGACAGACGGCUCGAAACGCCGUGAUGAUGAUCAGCCGAUCCCUCACCAUUCAAAGAGGGUAAUGGUGCCGCAGGCCAAGGCCUACAGUGCUGGGACUUCCAGCCAAGUGCCUGCCCUGUCGGCCUACACAGCCGUGAAUGUGGCAGCUGGCGUUCCGUUUCCUGAUUCUUCUGGAACGCUGCCAGCUUUUCCCGCCGGAGUGCCUGACUUGGCGACCUGGGGUGACACCAUCAUUGAGUUUGGCCAAUACAAGCACCAGAAUCUGAGCUACUUUGAUCUUGUGACAGCCACCGAUGAUCGUUCGACUGGCUAUGUGAAGUGGUGCCGUGCUCGUGCGAGUUCAGCCAGUGGCCAGCUCAAAGAUUCGUGUGACUUUUUGAUUCAUCACUUUGCGGAGAUUGGGAGUGACCGUGACCAUGGACCGUUGAUCCCUGGUACCAGUAUGAACCGCCGCUUGAAGAAAUGA